AUGCACAUUAAGGAGUUUCCAAUCUCUAGCUCCAGGCAUAACCACGAGUCAUUUCGGCGAUUCCAAGAGGUGACCCUUAUACGUCUCCAGGGGAUUGCAGAAAACUACAAUGUUUCUUAUAACAUCAACACCAGAUUCCAGAACCUGACAGAUGAGUAUCACAUCAUGGGUUUGUCUGUCAAUGAGUCUCAGGCAGCAAUGCAAAUGGAUCUGAACCACUUGAAGACCUGGGUAAAGAAGUUUCAGAGAAGAUCUAGGAAGGUGGACUCUAAGCUUCUGGCCUUUGAAAGAUCUUUAAGUGAAAAGAAUAAGCAGAGCUCCCAGGAGAAGAAGGAACAGAAGGAGCAGAACACACGUCUUGCCAACCUUACUGGAACCAUCACACAGGAUAUUAGUGCCCUUCAGGCUAGUCAAAUUCACAUGCAGACAGAAAUCGAGAAACUCCAGAAAAUGAUUCACGGCCAGGGGGCCAGACUGAAGGUGGUAGAAGAGCAGCUACAGGCAGCCUUGCAACGUGCAGCCUUCUCCCCAAGCUCAGUCACCACUGUUCCCCUCCUGCUUCAGCCUCUAAAGGAAAAGAAGCAGCCAAGCCAGCAGAUACUUCAUGCUAAGCACAAACACAGGAAAAAACUCGAGCAGGACAGGCUGGAGUUAGGAACCCAAACAGAAACCCAGAAAUUGUUUCAGAAUUUGAGAAGAUCUCCCCUGGGAGAGAAGAGACCAAAAGUACAAUCUGGCAGACAAACACUUUCCAGGGCAGAUGAGAGUCUGAAGGAGCCACAGCAAUCCCAGGCUUCCCAAAAGACAGCAGAAAUUUGCAAUGUAGGAUCCAUGCUUGUUUUCCCCAACGCUUCUACCGAGAACGUGGUCACCUUCAGCCCUGGUUUCCUUACCGGGCUCCGGGAACUUUCUCUCUGUACCUGGGUCCGCACGGCCACCGGCUACUUGGGUACCCUUGUCUCCUAUGCCACCGAGGAAAACGACAACAAGCUGGUGCUGCACGGCAGGGACUCUCUGGUCUACGGCUCUAUCCACUUUGUGAUAGGAGACCCUGCCUUCCGGGAGCUGCCGGUGGAAAUGCUUCUAGACAGCAGGUGGCACCAUAUGUGUGUGAUAUGGUCUUCCGUCCACGGGAAAUACUGGUUCUACGUGGAUCGAAGGCUAGUGGCCACUGGCUCCAGGUUCAGGGAGGGCUACGAAAUCCCUCCUGGAGGAAGUCUGGUGCUGGGACAGGAGCAGGAUGCGAUGGGGGGAGGAUUCGACAGCUCGGAAGCCUUCGUGGGAAGCCUGGCAGGCCUGGCUGUAUGGGACCGGGUGCUGUCGCCAGGGGAGGUCUCAAGCAUUGCCACUGGAAAGAUGCUCCCUGCCGGCACUCUUUUGACCCUAGCCAAUGCCUCCUCUUUGGAUGGAUUUGUGCAGAAGGUCAUUUGUACCUGCCUGGAACACUGCUCCUAAGACAGUCAACUAAAAGCUGCAAUCGACCGUGCCUUCCUCCACACGAUGGCUUGUCCACCUCCAA